GUCGAGUUCAUGUUGGGAUUUUGAGCGUGGAGCUGUAGAGCAUCACCAUGGCAUCGACGGAGCCCUACAUGGAACCCUGUGUCAUCCCGACUUGGCGGUACCGCAUCGAGCCGCAAGCGUCGUCCGGGGGGGUGCUGAUCACCAUUCCGAGCAGCCGAACUGGUGUCACGCAGAUCUUGAUAUUCAUGGCAAUCUGGUGUGGCGCGGGGGGGUUCAUGACGAGUAUGGCCAUGUCCAUCGCCCCCGAAGCAGGGAUUGGACCGAUCGUGGUGACGUUGCUGGGCGCAACGAGCAUGACAGUCGGGGUGCUCUUUCGCUUGUUCGCGUCAGAAUCCAUUGCGAUCACCCCGACGGUGUUUACACACCAGUGGGGUAUGUUGGGUUUGAACCGCACCAAGCAUUACAGUAUUCAACAUAUGGGGCCACUGUUUUUGUCCAGUACGAUGGAUGCAGCAAGGCGGGGGGGGGCAUCACCACGCACGGCAAUUCGUGGGGUUCCAAUACGGGGGAACGCUGGUUCGAAUGGGGUACUUGCUUUUGCCACUGGAAGUGACUCCGUUCUUCAACGAUCUGGUGCACCAUGUCCCCGCGCAGUUGAAGCCGAUAGACCAACACCAGCCGUGCUAUCCUAUGGCUCAACCUGUAGCUCCAGUGUACGCCAUGCAAAGUGCUGCGACAGACAUAUCCAAUCAACCAACGUUCAACGACCCGCGUCGGGUCCAAAACGAUUAUUAACGUUAAGAAAAAGGGGUUGAGCAUAAGAAUGAUAAUAUGAGGGCCACGGGGUGUCCCGGAGUACGUGGA